UUAGGGCGAUUUUCCUUUUGAUUUGGAAAGACUUUUCAACUUCGAUCCACUUAAAACAUCCAACUACAGGUUUUAUUUGUAAAAAAUGUCUCACGGGCAUUCACACGGGAGUGGUUGCGGGCAUGAAGCUCUUGGCAUCGAUAAUGAACUAGAAAUGGGGUUAGCGUACAGUUUAUACGAAAAAAUUGAUUUUCCAAAUGUGGAGUGCUUGAACGAAGAAGUGGAAAACUCGGGCAAAAGCGUUUUCAAAGCUUACAACGAAAGAUUGAACUAUGAUAAGUUCGUUUCCAGCGAUGCAGACGAGGAACUCUUAUUCAACAUACCCUUCUCAGGGAACAUAAAGCUGAAAGGAAUAAUCAUUAUUGGUGCAGAUGAUGAUUCCCAUCCUAGGAAGAUGAGACUAUUUAAAAAUCGCCCGAAAAUGACAUUCGAUGCCGUAGACUCGACAGCGGAUCAAGAAUUUUCGUUGCAGAAAGACACAAGCGGUUCAAUAGAAUAUCCAACAAAGGUUGUCACAUUUGCAAGUGUACACCAUCUUUCUAUACACUUGCCGAGCAAUUAUGGCAACGAUAGUACUACGGUAUACUAUAUAGGCCUAAAAGGGGAAUUUAGUGAAGCACAUCAUCACGGCGUUACGAUCUGCACCUACGAAGCACGACCAAACGUUUCAGAUCACAAAGGAAACCUUUUCGAUUCAGUUAAUCAUCGUGUUCAAUGAUACGACACUAUGGACAAAUGCAAACUUGGCCAUCAUUCAAUUGCUGUGCAAAUACAUCUGUUUAGAAGCCCUUGAUACGGUUGAAUUCAUUUUAUAAGGAUUCUAUGAGCUUGUUUUUAGUUUCGUAUUGUAGAAUUAUUUGUAGACGUUCGUUGUUCUACCCAUCUAACUAUAGAGACUGACAGUAACAUUUUGGAAGGAUUCGGAUUUAUCUACCAUGAAAUGAAAUGUACAUUGCGUAUCUUUUGUCUAUUGGUGUUUAUAUUUAUUUCAUGAUUCCAUCAUUACACGAUUUCACUUUGUCUUGUGUGGCAGAAUGUUUACCUAAAGCGCAGAAAAAUGCAUGUUACAAUAUUCAUUAAUAGAAUCUGUUAUUGCAUACGGACAUUUGUGUUUGAUAUGUUUCCAUGCAAAUCAUCCAUGAUGUUAAGCAGAGAUCUUCACACCAUUCUGUUGGCAGAAUGAUCUUAAGUGAAUUUCUGCGAACGGAAAUAGUAUUUUUCACUUCUUGUUGGAAGAACUACUACAAGAUUGUUAAUAAAUAGUUGUUCACAUUGACGUGAG